UGUGUUUUUUCUGUUAUGCGUGUGCGGUGCAGUGAGGUCACAGCGUUUCGCUGUCCGAGGUCCUGAACUCAGCGUUGUGGGACACCGUCACGAUGGUAGAAUCGUUACCUCGCCUACACUGUCGGUUCUGAGAGCCCAUUUGAGUCUGUAACCUCCACAGCAGCGAUGUGCCGCUGGUCCUGUGGCUCACACCAGCGCACCAGCUCCCGUGUAGGGCGUGUCCGUGAACCGUGACGUCACGGCAGAUGCUACGACACCCGUCGAGUCAACGACGUCAGCUGGCGAGUCUCACCGACAUCGCUGUGCGCCAACGACGGGUCGUUUUAUUCGCUCCAUUUCCAGAGCAACACCUCAGAGGCGAUGUCCGUGGCAGGGCUGAAAAAGCAGUUUCACAAAGCGACACAGAAAGUAAGUGAGAAGGUUGGAGGAGCAGAAGGCACCAAACUUGAUUAUGACUUCAAAGAAAUGGAGAAGAAAGUGGACAUAACAAGCAGAGCAGUGCUGGACAUUAUGACCAAAACUACAGAAUACCUACAACCCAACCCAGCCUCCAGAGCGAAGCUCAGUAUGAUAAACACGAUGUCUAAGAUCCGUGGGCAGGAGAAGGGGCCAGGAUACCCUCAGACUGAGAGUUUGCUGGGAGACGCCAUGCAGAGAUACGGACGGGACCUUGGAGAGGAGUCCAGCUUUGGGCUGGCUCUAAUGGAUGUAGGUGAGGCGAUGCGUGAGCUGGGAGAGGUGAAGGAUGCGUUAGAUAUGGAGGUUAAACAGAAUUUUAUUGACCCUCUUCAAAACCUGCAUGACAAAGACGUCAAAGAGAUACAGCACCACCUGAAGAAGAUGGAGGGCCGUCGGCUGGACUUUGACUACAAGAAGAAACGUCACGGCAAAGUGAUGGAGGAGGAGAUCAGACAGGCGCUGGAGAAGUUCCAUGAGUCCAAGGAGAUCGCCGAGCAGAGCAUGUUCAACCUGCUGGAGAGUGACAUAGAGCAGGUAAGCCAGAUGACUGCGUUAGUUAAAGCUCAGCUCGACUACCACAGACAGGCCACAGAGAUCCUUCAGCAGCUCUCCACAAAGAUGGAGGACAGGAUAAAAGAGGCCUCCAGUAAACCAAGGAAAGAGUAUGUUCCUAAACCACGAAUGGAACUGCAGUUACCCACUGAAACCUACAAUGGAGGAAUACACAUGGCCAAAUCACCUGCACGAUCUCCAGCUCCGUUGGAUCAGCCCUGCUGUCGUGCUCUGUACGACUUCGAGCCGGAGAACGAGGGUGAGUUGGGCUUCAAGGAGGGUGACAUCAUCACCUUGACCAGUCAGAUUGAUGAUAACUGGUAUGAGGGCAUGAUCCUUGGCCAAUCAGGAUUCUUCCCUGUCAACUACGUGGAUAUCCUGGUGCCUCUCCCCCACUAACCCACACCCCCACCAGCCCUGUUGCCUAGCAACCCAGUCAGCUUUGCUGUGCAUCUGUGCUCCUGUUUCUGUUGAUCCGUUGCCAUGGAAAGGGGCAGAUGAAGGAAGAUGAAGACCAUGAGGAAGAGGACAGUGACAAUAACAUUAUUCUCUUAAGUGUUUGUGUCCUAGCAGUGUUCCAUUUUGUACCAACUCAGGUGAUGUGUAUGUGUGUGUGUGUGUGUGUGUGUGUGUGUGUGUGUGUGUGUGAGUGUGUGUGUGAG